AUGAACAUAUCAUUUGCAUUACAGGAUAGGGGAACACAUAUCGUAAAAACGGAUCCAUCAGCGGAAGUUGUUGAAACAUUAGCAACGAAUCUCGAGCAGUUAGUUGAAUAUGCUCUUCUUGCGCUAAGAGAUACAUUGCCAGCCGAAGAUAAUUUAUCGAAAAAAAAUACAACAAUUGCUGUUGUGGGUAAAGGUAUGCCAUUCAAAGUGAUGGACGAUGAUGAUGUACAACCGUAUUUAGAUCGAAUUGCAAAUGUGCCUCGGACUGGUCAGCAUGGCACUGCUGAAGUAAGUCCACUUACUUAUUUGUAA